AUGGCAUUCAAAGUGGGGACAAGUGGUGGCUACUUCAAGUUAACAAGGCUCUUCCAUCUGCUAAAACAGCUAGUGGUUGCCAUGUUUCAGGAUUUUGGCUCGAAACAUUGCCCAGAUCACAACAACCAGAAGAAGGCUGUGCAUUCAAGUUGCAAAGGAAAUGCCAAAACAUACUAUGGAAGCCUAAUCAAGACCUGUGGCAAGCCUAAAAGUAAUACCAGUCAAGCAGCUCAAUGCUGGAUGGCAGAAUGGUGCUGCUACGUACAAACUUUUAGAAGAUUUUGUUUGUGGCCUAGAUCAGACAUCAGAUGAACACAGGGCUGCAUAUUUGCAAGGCUUGCAACUGGAUAACAGUGAUGAUAACAGUGAAAAUGAAAGUGAAGAGGAUGAAAUAACAUCUGAACUUUCCCAUCAUGUUCAAGAGGAAGUGUUAUGUUCAACCAGAAAGAGAAUUGUACGGAAUGGAGCAGGACAAGCAUAUAAGAUCAUAUGCUGA